CCGAAAUGUCAGCACCGAACUGUGUCAGACCCAAAGUGCAAUAAAAUAAUUAUUUCUAUUUAUUAGCAAAUACAGUGGUAAAUUAUUAUUAAAAUGGUGUCGCGAAGUCUCACCGAAGUUUUCGUGCUAAUGCGUAACAAUGCUAUCCACAGUCGACAGUUGUUUUCAGAACAGAAUGAGUCGGAACGGGUCAGGCUCAUGCGGAGCAGCUCCAACGACAUGGAGGCGGGGUUGGAGAUACGGUCAGAGACCGCGCCGCCGCCCUGGACAGACGCCUUGGAGGAGGCCCAUUAUAUUAUCACUAGGCUAAGAACAAAACUAUCAGAACUCCAAUCCUGUCACUCGCGCCAGAUCCGACGACCGGCGUUAGACGAUACGGGGGAACAGGAACACAUUGGCAGACUCACCACGGAGAUAGGCCGGCACUUCACACAUGCCUACACACAUCUUACGGCUAUCAAGGCUCAAGUCAGACAUGGUAACAAAACGGAGCAAAAACUAGCAACCAACGUAGUAUUAGCACUAGUAACCACACUCCAAGAGCUAAGCGUGACCUUCCGAACCGCCCAGUCCAACUACUUAAAAUCCCUAACAUCCAGAGAAGAACGGUCAAACGCCUACUUCGACUUACCCAACUUUGAGGAACUAAGUCUUGAAGACGACAACUUGCUACCAGAUCUGACGAAUAAUCAGACCGACUUACUUUUUUCUUUACCCAGUACAUCAGGUACGCAGAAAAAUAAUUUCAUGGAUGAUUACGAAGAGCAAGAUUUUGAAAAACCUUCGCUUAAUCAAAAACAGUUAUUGUUAAUGCAGGAAGAAAAUACUAAAAUGGUAGCGGAGAGAGAACAGGAGGUUAAUAAGAUAGUUCGUUCUAUAGUAGAUUUAAAUGAAAUAUUCAAAGAUUUAGGUCAUAUGGUGCAUGAACAGGGAACUAUAUUAGAUAGGAUUGAUUAUAAUAUUGAAGUAACUCAAGUGCAAGUGCAGGAAGGUUACAAACAAUUGCAGAAAGCGGAGAGGUAUCAGAGGAAGAAUAGAAAAAUGCAUUGUAUAUUAGUUCUAGCGGUGAUGAUUAUCAUUUUGGUGGUGUUAUUGAUUAUUGUUAAGAGUUAGUUGUUGUUUUAAUUUUGUUGGGAAAUUUAUGGGAGUGCUUUUUACAUUAUUUAUGGGGCAUAUAAUAAUUGAUCGUCCUAAUUGUAAUGUUACGCAUAAAACUCAUUUCGCAUAUUGAAUAUUUUUACGGUUUAGACUAACUUGUUUUUAGUCACUCGCGCGACAUGUUUCGGAGAGCCUAGGUCUCCUUUCUCAAGCACUAACAAAAAAAAACAUCAAAUAAAAACAUGAAAAAAAUUCGAUCAUUUCGCAUACUUGUUGUUGUGCUCAGGGCCUUCUUAAACUAUGCUAGGGUUCCUGGGCACAUAAUAAUAUGGGGCCCUUUUGGAAAGUAAAGAAAGCAAAUUGAACUAACAUUUUUCUACUGUCCGUCCUUCGGGGCCCCUGAGGGUGGGGGCCCUGGGCACGGGCCCCGUGUGCCCUUAUGGUAAAGACGGUACUGAGUAGUUGACUAAAAUGAAAUCUUUGACAAAAAAUAGUACAUUACUACAGAGGCCGGGACGAAAGGGGUUGCCGGCCGAAGACAUAUAGACGGCCGAGCGAAGCGAGGCCGGAUAGGUCUGAGCGCGGGCAACCCCAUUUCCCGCCGAGGUAUGUAUAGUGCUUUUCUCAAACAUGCAAUGAAAUGAAUAAAAUAAAAAAUCCACGAAACCCAAGUUUUAUUUAUAGAAAAAACUAAAAGUAAACUAUUUACACCCAAAAUAUAACCAACACGUACCUAUAUCAUUAUCACGCGUAUGUUUUACACGAGUCGUGUAUUUUUACUACCCGUAUAUUUUCAUGUAUCUUUGAUUUUUUCGCCUUGUAUCCGUCUGACUGUCGUUUUCGUCACAUAAGUUUACAUAGUCUUUCAUGUUGAUAUCAUGUUUCACAUACAUCGUUGCUUUAUGCAUGGAGUAAAUAAGUAUAAUUUCCACAGUGUUGACGAAUUUGUAGUUACAUUCAUUUAAAAUAUGCCACAAAACUGUUUCUAAUAAACUGUAAGCCAUUUUUCUUAGUUUCUCAAAUAAUAAAAUUGCCAUAAGCUACCAUAUACAUACUUCGUCUUUGACUUGGCGGCAGAGGCAGCAAGUUAUUUAAAAUCAAUUCUGCUUCCGCUGCCAAUUCCAACACCUACGAUUACAAUUAAUAUUAAUUUCAUUAUUUCGUCGGAACUCAUAUUAAAGUCAAAAAAUCAACAACGCACCAUAAAUCCAAUAAAACAGAAUGAAUAAAUAAAAGCAAAUAAAUAAAUACAAUACAAUACAAUACAAUAUUUUUCAACUUUACCUCCAUAACAAUUAAAAAAAUAUAACUACGCGUGUUUGAGUAGACCUUUUUACCGCUAACGUUUAAAUGAAAUAUUUUAAAUGUUUUUAUUUGUGUAGUUAAAUUUAUAAUUUAAAAUUAUAGAAUGUAUUUUUUAUUUAGUUCAUGUUGAUUUUAUACAAAUAAAACCGCAAAUUAUAGCAAACAUUGUUUUUAGUUUUUUUUAUAGGCGUAGUGGCAGAGUGUCAUUACGAACCAUAAAGCAAAUACUGCCUCUAGUUUUUUUUAAUGGAUGAAUGCCACGAUGCUUUGUCACAAAUAUCUGUGAAAUGAAAAUUAAAAAAGAGGACUUUGCCGGCCUAGGCCUGCAAGAUGUGUAUGAAAUUCCAUUAACGACCUUUUGUCCUAGCCGCACCUGAAACGUCAUACUUCGCAGCUUAUUAUAAGGAACAUAACAUCAAUAUUUCAUUGCAUGUUUGAGAAAAACUUAUUAUCGCUUGUCUUAUUGUUACAUAUUGACUUUUAUCUUCUUUUUUAGACUUUUUUGUGCAAAAUAUUCAAGUUUGACAUAAUUAGUGUAAAAAGUACUCGCAUAGAUUUGUUUUAAAAGUUUAUAGGCACUGAAAAAUCUAAGGUUCAACACUGCCUUAUAUUACGUAGUUAUAUUCGAAAUAAAUAACCAACCAAUAGUUUUUUUGUAUGUAAAUAUUUCAUUAAUUUCUCGUCCCUUAUUUUUGAACUUACAAUAGACUACACAUAUUUAAAAUAAUUCGCAAUUAAUAAUAUAUUUUAAUGUAUAUGUUCUAUUUUAAUUCUAUUAAUUCACGAAUGAAUUAUUGUCAGUACCCAGACCUUGUUGAUCGGACUAAUUUAUGUAAAUAGCUUUAGCACAUUAGCAAUCAAAAUCAUUCCUAUUUAGGUAUCAAUUUAAAUUAUAAUUUUUUUUUUAUUUUUGACCCUGUGGGUAUUUUAUUAAGGUUUCAUUCCGACUUGACUGCAAUUGAUACUUGUUUUAAUUGGGUUGGAAAGAUACCUUUAUUUUUUUAACUUUUGAUGUCAACUAUUUUAAAUUUUUAAUCAAAAACUUAUUUCUGCAAAAUUAUUGUGUAUAAAUUCUCGCACGUGAUUCUAGUCUUAACAUUAGGUAUCAUGUAUUUUAUUGAUAUACAUAAUAACUAAUAAAAUGUGUUUGCCGCCAAAAAAUACCAUAAUGAAUUUAAGUUAAAAUACAUAUAUGUACUUAUGUGUUUCGUGAUUUGAGACCAAGCUAACACUGCAGAUACAUUCGUAAUGACAAAGUGUGGGAAUGUCGUAUAAACGUCAAUUUCUAUGCAAAUAUAACGUUUAUAUUGACUUUCACACUCGGCACUCUCGCUUAUAACAGUCGGUGCAGAGUUAGCUUGGACGGACACUAAAAAGCACGAAGGAUGUCGUACAUUGACCCUAUGUCAACCUAAUUAUGUUGCUGUCUCGCCCAUGGUGCCGCCGGUCAAUGCUACAUGCUACUGUAUGAGCGGGGGUCAUUGUACGAACUUUUUUGUGCUUGGCAGCCGUACUUUAGUUAGUUACGGUAAUUUUCGGCGGCAACACCCAAAAAUGCAUUUAAGUUUUGUAUUAUUAAACUAUUUUUAUAGAUAUCGCCUAAAUAUUUGUAUAGUUUUAAGUGGUACGUGCAAUUCAUUCUACUUUUCGUCAAUGUUAUUUAAAAAAUAUCAAAAUUCUGUUCGAAUACGAGUAUGGCAUGGUGAAAUUAAUAAAUUUAUUUAUUUUGCCAUUUUUUAACCAGUGAUAUGAAAAGAUAGAUAGGUACUUAAUUAUUAAAAUAACUGGUUAAAGAUGCGCUAUGCGACGUAAGCGCCAGACGCCAUAAGGUACCUUUUGCCGUGGAACGUCACAUAUUCUUUUGUAGAAAAAAAUAUUCUGGGAUGUGGUGAUUGUAUAAGUGUGCCAAUGAGUGUGAAUAUACUCGUAUUGUAAUAUGUUUAAUUUGUCUUUAUUUAUUGUCACAAAAUAAUUACUAUCAGGUCAGUGUGGCUAAUUCCGUCAUAGGGACUAUUCCGUCCACGAGCAGGGGGCCGAUUUUUGAAAUUCGAUCGUUCGAUUUCGUCAUUCGGAAAUCGGUGGAAAACGGCGAAAUGCUAAUUUUUGAAAUACUAGCGAUAGAAAUUGGGAAUCGAAUGGUAUUGACCACUCGUUUUCAAUUCUAUUAGUAGAAUUUAAAUGCCUAGUAGUGGAGAUAUUAUUGAACGAAAUACACGAAAUCGAGUAGUCGAAUUUCAAAAAUCGGCCCCCAGGCGUGUCUCACUCCGCGAUUUCGUCGCUUUGCUACAGGUAGCUAAAAGUACAUCCAUUCGACCCCAAUUUUGGGGUUUGCCAUAAGCCGCGCGUGGCGCUAUCGCCACCUAGCGGCCAUAUCUGUCCUGAUCGUAACAGACGCGUUUUGUUAGAGAGUGAGUCUUCUGUACCUAGUACUAUUAUUUAUUCUGUGCCACGAGCUUAUAUUUCUUUGAUUUUUAAUCGUAGGGAGAAAACAUUUGCUUUUGUUUGCUGAAACUAAAAGCAAUCCCUGCUUUGUCGAUGUAAUUAUCAAUGUUAGUUGUUCGAGAAAAACGCUAGUGGACAGAAUAGGCUCUAUGACGGAAUUAGCCACAUUGAUCUUAGAUAGGUAUAUGAUAGUUAGGAUUCUUAGAGUUAGACCAAGAUAAAUCUGCAACGAUCUUGAUAUCACACGCAGUGCAGUGUUAUACAUGUAUACGUCAUAAUUUCAUAGAAGUUAGACGUUUAAAAUAACACUUGCACUGUUUAAUUUUGAUAAAUCGUUGCGGACUUACCUUGGUCUAACUCUAGGUACAGUCAGCAGCAGAAGUUGUCGAGCGGGCGAGGUGUUCAAAAUUACCUUGACACGCUCUUAAUUUCUGCUGCUGACUGUAUCUAUUAAUAAUAAUAAUAGGCCUUAUCAUCUGUGUCAGAUGUUUUAAGUAGAGAUGCAACGGAUAGUUGUUUGGCCGUAUACCGGAUAUUCGGCCUGACCAUUGGCCGAAUAUCUGGUAUCCGGCCGCCGAAUAUUCGGCCAGCGGAACUAUACCUACAUUUCGGUUUUACAGGUGCGCAUUCUGUAGGUUUGACCUGUUUCCUAGUAAACGUACGCGCGGUCACAUUUCUAGGUUCGAAAUGAGUGAGCCUGCAAGUCAGUGGAAUGUUUAAAUUGUUUUAAAAUAAUGAUUAAGUGCGAUUAUGAUCAAGACUGUUUCUUAAAUCCAUUAGUUUACUCCGAAAUCUAGCAAUGUUACUAUCCGGUAUCCGGCUGGAUAUUAAAAUCAUGGCCGGUUAGGCCGGAUACCGGAUAGUAACCGAAUAUCCGGUGCAUCUCUAGUUUUAAGCAGUAUCCAGGUGACGACACUAGCGUUCGUGGCUGUAUACUCUGUAUAGUCCUAUGCGAGAGAGGAUCCCGCGUCCACACACCACACACGGCAGAUGUAUGCUGCCCCAGAUGGGCGGGGGUUGGAGGUUUCUAUACUCUGCAUCUUUAGGUAUUUCAAUAAAAUUAAACAAACAAUUUGUAGUUACGGGUAGUUAUAACAUAUAUUGGUUAACUAACCAAAUACUUAACCGCCUGGAUCAGUCACUGAACGACCUGAUACGUAAACUACAUUAUUUGAUCAUGUAAUGUUUUCAUCUACCCUCAACUGGCUUAAGGAGCAUUUGAGGGUACCUAAAGAUACAGAGUAUAGGUACUUACCACACAUUUUACCGAGCUGUAAAGCGCCAUCUAAUUUAGCUGUCUUUGUUAAACUACUAAAACGAAACUUCCUGUAAUUCAGUGUCGAGUUCGAAUAUGGAACAUCCUAUACCUGUAAUGUUGUUUGUAUAUAGCUGUAUUUGUUGCUAUUUGUUCAUUUAUUUAUAUUAAGUGAUAUAAAAAUGAAAAUAUAUGAAAUUGAUAACUA